UCCAGUUUGGAUGGUGUUUGUAAGUUCCCCUAAAUUUAGACACGAAGAAAAGCAUAGCAGUGAUUCCUCUCUCUUUAACAAGGACAACAGUUCAAAACACAAACAGAACAGUAAGAUCUCUGUCUCUUUCCUACUGGGGACGCCUGGCCAGCACAAGCUUGACUCUUUCUCCAGGCAACAAUGGUUCCCCCCAAAGCAAAUCUCAUCCCCUCUCUCUAAACACGAACCGUUGUGAUCAACCCCAUGGAAGACACACAAAUGAAAAAAGUAUUUCCCCCUCUAAAACCAAAGAAACCCAAGAGUCUUCACUCACCCAACCACCCCAUCCACAGAACGCCAUGAAUUCAGCAUUUCUCCAUUGAAAGAAGAAAACCCAUUUGGCUCAGGGCCUCAACAAACAUCAAACAAUGGAACAUGAACAGGCCGCCAUGGAAGUGGAGUUGCAGGAGCCAGAGUACAUGAAGGUGCCUCCAUGGAGGUCCCAGAUCACUUUGAGAGGCAUAUUUGUGAGCAUAGGCAUUGGGAUUUUGUACAGUGUGAUUUGUAUGAAGCUGGUUUUGACGACUGGUAUCGUGCCUUCUCUUAGCAUAUCGGCCGCUUUGCUCGCCUUCGUUUUCAUGAAAGGUUGGAAUGAGUUGUUGCAGAGGUUGGGGUUCGUUAAUUCCACUUUUACAAGACAGGAGAACACUGUUAUUCAGACUUGUGCAGUCGCUUGCUACAGCAUUGCUCAAGGAGGUGGGUUUGGAUCCUACAUUUUGGGGCUAAACAAGAAGACAUAUGUACAGGCUGGGGUCCAUACCGAAGGGAACACACCCGGAAGCUACAAAGAACCACGCUUUGCUUGGAUUACUGCUUUUCUUUUCAUUGUUAGCUUUGUUGGGCUCUUGGCUCUGGUUCCUCUUAGAAAGACUAUGAUCAUAGAUUAUAGGUUGACCUAUCCAAGUGGUAUGGCAACCGGUGUUCUCAUCAAUGGCUUCCAUACCCCUAAAGGAGAUAAAAUGGCCAAAAACCAGUUGCACAAAUUCACCAAGUACUUCACAAUCAGUUUUCUGUUGGCUUUUUUCCAAUGGUUUUACUCGGGAGGAGAAAAUUGUGGAUUUUCUCACUUUCCAAUUUUUGGGUUGAAAGCUCGGCAGCAAAUGUUUUAUUUCGAUUUCAGCAUGACUUACGUAGGAGCUGGGAUGAUAUGCCCACAUAUUGUGAAUCUCUCUCAACUUCUUGGUGCUGUGAUAUCUUGGGGCAUUAUGUGGCCCCUCAUACGUAAUCAGAAAGGCACUUGGUACCCCAAGGAAUUACCAGAAAACAGCAUGAAAAGUCUUCAGGGUUACAGGGUUUUCAUUGCCAUUGCUUUGGUCCUAGGAGAUGGGCUGUACAAUUUCGUGAAGACACUGGCUUUUACCAUUAGAAACCUCCAAAUUCAAAUGAAACGCAGGAAUAUCAAUACAGGGGUCAUGCAGGUUGAGGAUGGCUCUCUCGAGUGCUCCAGCGACGAGCUUUGGCGUGACAAGGUGUUCAUGAAAGACCGUGUACCCACAUGGAUAGCCUUCGCAGGCUACACACUCUUCGCCAUAAUCUCUAUAAUCAGCAUCCCUAACAUAUUCCCUGAGGUGAAGUGGUAUUACAUUUUCACCGCCUACUUAUUCGCGCCCGCCCUUGCCUUCUGCAAUGCUUAUGGCACUGGCCUCACAAACAUGAACACCGCUUACAACUAUGGGAAGGUGGCUUUGUUCAUUUUAGCUGCAUGGGCCGGCAAGUCCCACGGUGGGGUGGUGGCCGGGCUUGUAGGGUGUGGGCUUGUCAAAUCCAUAGUCACUAUUUCAGCUGAACUCAUGCAAGACUUCAAGUCUGCCCACCUGACCAUGACCUCUCCGAGGGCCAUGAUCUUGAGCCAGGCUGUAGGGACUGCAAUAGGUUGUGUUGUCGCCCCUAUGACCUUUUUGCUCUUUUACCAUGCCUUCGAUAUUGGGAACCCAAAAGGAGAGUUUAAGGCCCCAUUUGCGCUUAUAUAUCGAAACAUGGCCAUAUUGAGCGUCGAGGGCCUCUCUGCUCUGCCCCAGCAUUGUCUGCAGAUUUGUGCAGGGGCUUUUGUUUUCGCUGCCAUGGUGAAUUUGGUUAAGGAUCUGGUUCCUGAGAGGUUCGGGAGGUGGGUCCCACUCCCCAUGGCCAUGGCGGCUCCCUUCUUGGUGGGGGGCUACUUCACGAUUGACAUGUGCAUCGGGACAGCAGUUGUAUAUAUUUGGCAUAAGAUUAACAGGGAGAGGGCGGAGGCGCUGGUACCCGCUGUCGCCUCUGGCCUCAUGUGUGGGGAUGGCCUUUGGAUCUUGCCCUCGUCCAUCCUGGCCUUGGCCAAGGUUGAGGCCCCAAUGUGCAUGAGCUUCUUUGCCAAUUAGUUAAAGAGUAGAGGCCGACUCAUGUGGAACCCAUUUACCAUCCAUGAUUCACAGCACCAAGUUAAAUGAUACAGCUACUUGAAAUAGAGUAUAACAACCUGAAUGAUACAGCUAAGAGAAAGUAUGUAUAGACAUACAGAUACAUGUAUUUACAUAUGUAUAAAUAAAUGGGUUAACGGGUUGGUUAGUAACAUUGAUAUAUUUGUCUCCAUUAAUAGGAGAUGAGACUUUGGGCAUGCAUGGUAGAAGAGGGGCUUGUCUAAGUGCAGGGUCAAAGUAGGAAUUUGAUGUUGGACCAUGAAUAAUAAUUGGUAUUGCUGUCUUAAUCCA